GCGGCCCCAAGUGUCCGUUUCCAAAGGCAGAGACACAAAAGCAACAGAAAACGUGCUCCGCUACCAACAUAUUUCCAUCUCGGACAGCGAGCGAGCCAGAGAGAGAGACAAACUCACAAACUCGAAAACAGACCCGACCCGGAAAACAAUGGGCAAGGAUCUGAGCGAUGACCAAGUUUCAUCAAUGAAAGAAGCUUUCACGCUCUUCGACACCGACGGAGACGGUCGGAUCGCCCCGUCGGAGCUAGGAAUCCUGAUGAGAUCUCUCGGAGGAAACCCGACCCAAGCCCAACUGAAAUCGAUCGUCGCCGGAGAGAACCUCACCGCCCCAUUCGACUUCCCUCGGUUCCUGGACCUCAUGGCCAAGCACAUGAAGGCCGAGCCCUUCGAUCGCCAGCUCCGCGAUGCCUUCAAGGUCCUCGACAAGGACUCCACCGGCUACGUCUCCGUUUCGGAGCUCCGGCACAUUCUCACCAGCAUUGGGGAGAAGCUCGAGCCAUCCGAGUUCGAUGAGUGGAUCCGGGAGGUCGAGGUCGGGUCGGAUGGUAGGAUCCGAUACGAGGACUUUAUCGCUAGGAUGGUCGCCAAGUGACGACGUGGCUGUGUCGAUUCGGGGUUUGUGUUUCUCGUUAUGUUUGUUGAUGUUUUGAAGUUAGGGUUUGUUUGGAUAUUCUGUUUUAUUUUUAUUUUGUGUGUGUGUGUGUGUGUUGGGAAUUGUUGAAGUAAUGCUAAAUUGCUAAUGUGUUUUUCUUUUUAUUGAAGGGAAUUUUGGGGGUUGUUGUGAUGUUUAUAAUGUGUAUGGUCUUCAGGGUAAUUGGGAUUUCGCUGGUUCUUAUUCUGGAAUUUUGUUUGGUUUAAUUUUGUCGUAUGACAAUUGACAAUGUUGUGUGCUUUGAUGAAUUCAGUAAUUGUGUUUAUGAUGA